CUCAACUAUAAAGUCCACUGAAAAGCUGUUGUUUCUCAUCAAAAGGACGCCAUGGAUAAGGGUACCGAAUAUCCUUUCGAUCUCGGUACAUAUCACCGUGUCAUCAUAACAAGUUCUCCUGCCGCGCAGCAAUGGUUCAAUCGAGGCCUUAACUGGACGUAUGCAUUCAACCAUGAAGAAGCGGUGAAUUGCUUUCGACGUGCCAUCGCCAGUGACCAAGAAUGCGUGCUUGCAUAUUGGGGAUUAGCUUAUGCCCUCGGUCCCAAUUAUAAUAAGCCAUGGGAAAGCUUCGAGGGGCGUGAAUUGCAGAACUGCCUGAGUGAAGCGUAUACGGCUGUGCAGCGGGCGUCGGAAAUUAUAAAUAACAAAGCCAUCAACAUGACCAAUAACGACACCAAUAUCAUGCUGGUUGAGCAAGCGCUUAUUAAAGCGAUUCAAUUUCGCUAUCCCUCUCAGAAUCCUGGUCAUGAUCACUCGAUCUGGAAUGUGGAGUAUGCGAACGCGAUGAGAACAGUUUGCCAUGAAUACCCAAAUGAUCUGGACAUUGCCGCGCUCUUUGCAGACGCGCUCAUGAAUAUUACUCCCUGGAAUUUAUGGAAUCUGAAAACAGGAGAACCUGCUCCUGGUGCAAAUACCAUCGAAAUAAAAGAAGUCCUCGAGAAAAAUGCACUCUCUCAACCGGACGGGCCGAAACACCCAGGAGUGCUUCAUAUGUAUAUCCAUCUCAUGGAAAUGUCCGGUACUCCGGAAUCUGCACUCCGAGUAUCAGAUAAUCUUCGCGGAUUGGUACCUGAUGCUGGCCAUUUGAAUCACAUGCCUUCUCACUUGGAUGUUUUGUGUGGCGAGUAUCGUCAAGCCAUUAUGUCUAACACGCAAGCCAUUCAUGCGGAUGAAAAAUAUGUAUCCAUUGCAGGUCCCUUGAAUUUUUAUACCUUGUAUCGAGCCCACAAUUAUCAUUUCCGACUGUAUGCGGCCAUGCUUGCUGGCAUAUCAGGAAUCGCACUGGAGACCGUUGCCAAGAUAGAGACUUGUAUUCCUGAAGAGUUACUGAGGGUUGACUCUCCCCCGAUGGCGGAUUGGUUGGAAGGGUUUCUGGGUAUGCGAGUACAUGUCUUGAUUCGAUUUGGCCAGUGGGAGGAUAUUCUUGCUUUGGAAGUACCGGAAUAUCAAGACCUUUACUGCUUCACCACCGCUAUGAUACACUACGGCAAAGGAAUCGCAAAUGCUAUUCUUGGAAAAACAGCCGAUGCACACAUACAACAAGACCUUUUUACAACGGCAUCCAAACGUGUACCAUCUUCGCGCACUAUCUUUAACAAUACUUGUACUGACAUUCUGGCCAUCGGCCAAGCUAUGCUAGCGGGUGAAAUCGACUAUCGCAGUGGCAAUAUAGAGCAAGGUUUCAGCAAUCUCAAAAAAGCGAUUGCAUUAGACGACGGUCUCCCAUAUGAUGAGCCAUGGGGGUGGAUGCAACCGCCCCGACAUGCAUAUGGGGCUUUGUUGCUCGAGCAGGGCCGUGUUCAAGAAGCCUUAGAAGUCUAUGAGGCUGAUCUCGGAAUUAGUGGGGUAUUACCGAGAGCGAUGCAGCAUCCAAAUAAUGUAUGGUCUUUGCAUGGACUAUAUGAAUGUUUGAUUACAUUGGGCAGAGGAAAUGAAGCCUCUCUACUUAAGAGAUCACUUGAUUUGGCCGUCGCAGUCGCCGAUGUGCCUAUCAAAUCAUCCUGCUUCUGUCGGCUGGAUAGAUGCCAUUAAUCCAUUGUUCUUUCACCAUGGAAGUUAUCACGCAAUUAUAGAAUCUGAAUUUCUUAGUAAAGCAUCCGUGGUUAUCUAAUGUAGGUAAAGAACUCGAUCUCUCUGUGAAUGCCACAUUCGAGCGUUCAAACAUGCGCUAGAAUAAAACCUUGCCAUUAUCAGAGACAAUUGAAAUUCCAUCUACUGAGGCAUCCUUCAUGAAAUACAAGUAUGCCUCUGCAAUAUCUUCUGCCUGUCCUAUCUUCUUCGUCAACGUAUCUCCUUUCGCCUUUUCGAGGGCUGAAGCAGGCCAUUUACUGGCCAACUCUGUUUGGAACAAGC